AUGCUCUCCGCUGCCCGAACCACGUUUGCCGCCUCUCGCAUUCGCGUUGGCCCAACUAUAGCCAGGCGCACCGUUGUCACCCUCAAGGACAUCAAGUAUACUACUACCGCUACCGCCACAGGCCAAGGACGCAAUGGGGAAGUCAAGAGCAGCGACGAGAAGCCGUUCAGCCUCCGUCUUACUAUGCCUAAGGCCAUGGGUGGCAACGGCGACGGCCAGAACCCCGAGCAGCUGUUCGCCAUGGGCUACGCAUCAUGCUUCUUGGGAGCACUGCAGAUGAUGGCGAGCAAAACAGGCAAGGUCGAUGCUGCCAAGAAUGCCAUUAUUCAUACGAGUGUGCAUCUCGGCAAGCCCGCAGAGAUGGAGGGCUUCGCCCUUGCGGUUGACAUCAAGGUUGAGGGUGUAGAGGAUGAGGAGCUUAUCAAGGCAGGUCAUGAGGCAUGCCCCUACAGCCGCGCUCUGGAACACGGCAUUGUUGUGAACGUGUCCAAAGCAUAA